AUGUCUUUUUGUGGCACUCAAGAUAAAUGUAAGGCAUGCGAUAAGACGGUGCAUUUCAUCGACUUGCUCACGGCCGAUGGUAUUUCCUAUCAUAAGACUUGCUUCAAAUGUAGCCAUUGCAAAGGAAAUCUCACAAUGUAUAACUAUUCUUCAAUGGAUGGAGUGCUUUAUUGCAAGCCUCACUUUGAGCAACUUUUCAAGGAAACAGGCAAUUUCACCAAGAACUUUCAAACUUCUUCAAAGUCAGGGGAUAAGCAUAAUGAACUUUCAAGGACUCCAAGCAAAUUGUCCUCCAUGUUUUGUGGAACUCAAGAUAAGUGUGCUGCCUGCCACAAAACUGCCUACCCUUUAGAGAAGCUCACUGUUGAGGGAGAGUCAUAUCAUAAGACAUGCUUCAAAUGUUCUUAUGGAGGAUGCAUGCUUACAACAUCAAACUAUGCUGCACUAGAUGGAGUUCUCUAUUGCAAGCAUCACUUUGCUCAACUUUUCAUGGAAAAGGGAAGCUAUAACCAUCUCAAGAAAAGAAGCAUGGAGGCUGCUCCUGAACCUCCUCCACCUGAAGAAACCACCCAAGAUGAACAAAACACUACUCAAGAACAAUCAUCUUAAAAAGGUUCAUACAUACAUAUAUAGUUUUUUCAACAUUUCAUAGUAUUUGUUUCAUCAAUUACUUGGAAAUUAAUUGGAGUUUGUGAUA